AUGACAGCGGCGUCCCGGGACGAGUUAGCCCAAUUAUUUCCGUCCCAGGUGCGGACAUGCAGCCAGUCGAAAGCGGAUUUACACGACCCCGCGGAGCCACCAAGGAGAUCUGCCGUGAGGCUCCUCAUGCACAGCGCGGCGAUGUUUGGAAGGGAGUUCUGCUACGCUGCUGAAGCGGCUUUCGUGACCCCAGUGCUGUUAAGUGUCGGACUGCCCAGCAGCCUUUACAGCUUCGUGUGGCUCAUCAGUCCCAUUCUGGGCUUUAUCCUCCAACCCAUCGUCGGUUCAGCCAGCGACUACUGCCGGUGCAGAUGGGGCAGGAGAAGACCUUACAUCUUGGCCAUAGGAAUCCUGCUAGUGGUAGGAAUGACCCUAUUUCUUAACGGAGAAGCCUUGGUAACAGCUGUCAUAAAAAACAGGAGACAAAGAAAAAUUUGGGGUAUCAUCAUUACUGUUUUCGGCGUGGUCAUCUUUGACUUCUCUGCAGACUUCAUCGACAGCCCCAUCAAAGCUUACCUGUUUGAUGUCUGUUCCCAUCAGGACAAAGAGAGGGGCUUACAAUUCCAUGCACUGUUCACUGGUAUUGGAGGUGCCAUGGGCUACCUAGUGGGUGCUAUAGAAUGGAAGAGCACUCCUCUGGGACGUGUUUUAGGAUCUGAAUAUCAAGUUGUUUAUGUUUUUGCAGCAAGUACUUUCAUCACAUUUUUAACAAUACACCUAUGCAGCAUACCAGAAGUUCCCUUAGAUCGGGAAGUAGAUGCUCAGGAAUCAUAUUUGCUGGGAAAUAAUACCACUGACUAUGGAACUAUUGAGAGUCAUAAGGAUGAUCCUCAUGACCCAUGUGUUGAUACACUAAAACCUUUGUCAGCGGUGAAAAAAUUAGAAAACGGUUCACUUAUCACCUGCAAUAAACCACAAGAUGGUAAGGUGCGAGGGCGUAUGACUCUAAAGUCCUUGAUUAAAACACUGCUCAAUAUGCCUUCUCAAUACCGUUGCUUGUGUAUUAGUCACCUCAUAGGAUGGACAGCAUUUCUCUCCACUAUGCUUUUCUUCACUGACUUCAUGGGACAGGUUGUGUAUAAUGGUGAUCCAUAUGCUGAACACAACACUACCGCAUAUAUUAUCUAUGAGCAAGGUGUUGAAGUAGGAUGCUGGGGCUUGUGCAUUAAUGCAAUUUUCUCAGCAUUAUACUCAUAUAUACAGAAGAUCAUUUUGCCUGUAACUGGAUUAAAAGGAUUGUAUUUUUUGGGAUAUGUUCUGUUUGGCAUUGGAACUGGAUUGAUUGCCCUCUUUCCUAAUGUUCUCUCUACCCUGGUCCUUUGUUCAAUAUUUGGAGCAAUGUCAAGUACACUUUAUACUGUUCCCUUUAACUUGAUAUCUGAGUACCACAGAAUGGAAAAGAUUGAAAGGGAAAAUGAUGGAACGGCCUUAAAUGAAAGCAGGGGUAAAGGUAUCGACUGUGCCGCUCUCACCUCUAUGGUGCAGUUGGCACAAAUCGUAGUCGGAGCAGGAGUUGGGGCUCUGGUAAACCUGGCUGGCACCGCAUAA